UGGACUCAGAUUAAAUAUUCUCAGACUCAAAUAAAAGCAUCAAAAGCAAUCCUCAAAACUCUGAAGACCCUCUCAUAUCAUACCCUCGCCUCUCUUAGGACAACCCAAAAUUUCACAUCCCCUCUUUGCAAAAAUCGCCGGAUCCACCAAUUCCUCUUUCUCUUAGUUUUGCUGGUGUAUGUUAAUGAUUUGUUGGGGAAGAGGCGCGGAGGCGAGGAGGGGUUCAGCGGUGAUGGAAAAAAUACAGCUUAGUUUACAUUGGAGGGCAAGUUGUGAUUCCUAAUAUGCGUUGCAUGUUACUUCUCCCACUUGACUAAGUUAGAUGAGUCAGACUGCAAGUUUUUUGGCAGUGGAAACAGAUUAUCGGAAUAAGGGAGAUGUACAGAACUUUGAGGGCUUCUGUGGAUUUGUUUUAUCUUUAGUAACAUAACUCACGUUCUGAAAAUGGAAAGCCCUGAUAUUGAAAAGUCUGAAGAAACCAAAACACAGAUUAACAGUAACACAAAUUGUAAUUCUAAACAGCAGAGUGUAGAAAAUGCUAACGAACAUCCUGAAUGGUUACCUGAUGGCUGGAACAUGGAAGUCAGAAUCCGUAAAAGUGGUGUACACAUGGGAUCUGGAUACAAGUGUUACAUCGAACCGUCAAAAGGAUACAAAUUCUUCUCCAAACCAGAGGUAUUACGAUAUCUCGAAACUGUAGAGGAUAGCAGUGGCACUUCCAAGAAGGGGAAGAAAUGUAGUAAGAUAAACACUCCAAAUGACAAGAGUUGCACUUCCAAGGAGAAGAAAUCCAGUAAAAUGCAGACUCCAAACAACAAGAGCUGCAGUUCCAAGAAGGAGAAAAAAUGUGCUAGCGUGGAGUUUCCAAAUGACAACAGUUGUACUCCCAAGGAGGAGGAGAAGGGCAAUAAUAUGGAUUUCCCAAACAACAACAGUUGUGCUCCCAAGAAGGAGAAGAAUGGGAGUAACUUGGAUUCUCCCAACGGUAACAGUUGCACGUCCAAGAAGGAGAAGAUAGGCACUAACAUGGAUUCUCCAAAGGACAGCAGUUGCACUCCGAAGAAGGAGAAGAAUUACAAUAACAUGAAUUCUCCAAUUGAUGUUAUGAUUGAGAAGUCUAUUCCGGAGGAUUUACCGCCUGGGUGGGUAAAAGAAUUGAAGACUACGAAGAAUGGCAAGGGCAUUCGGAAAGAUCCGUUUUAUAUUGAUCCAGUGAGUGGAUAUGUAUUCCGCUCUAAGAAGGAUGUACAGAGGUAUCUUAAAUCUGGUGAUAUACGGUCAUGUGCCUUUAAGCCAAGUAGAAGACAAAUCCAAGAUGAAGACAACAUAACUUCACCACCUGCUGCCAAGCGUCAGAAACUGAAGCAGUCUGCACCCACGCAACAGCUUUCCGCAGCCACAGAAAUACUUGAUAAAAACAGCUUAGAAUGGCCUAGUGCUAAUAGCCCAAGGAAAAAGCAAAAUGCAAAUGUUUCGACUAAAACGAAGGUUGCUUCUGUUCCCAUAGGUGAUUCUAUUGCAAAGAUGCAUUCACCAGAAGAUGGAGCUGCAAACUCAUCUGAAGUGAAGAAAUCAUCUGACCCAGGUAGGUCAGCACUUUUGAAAAAUGAAUCCUUGAAGGAAUCAGCAAAAGCACUUUUUGGAGAUGAUUUGCAAGAGGAGGAGCGUGCUGUGAAUGCAACGGAGAAUGGUAACGAGAAAAAUCACGGUAAACAAAGCAUAUCCAAAAUCAGGAAGGAGUUCAAUGUAAGUCAGCGGUCAUCACCGAGACUUGCUGGAAGUAAAUCUGUACAGUUGGUAAACAAUGUGAUCAAUGAACAGACUCUUCAGGUUCCAAAAAGAAACUUGAGGAAAAGUAGAAACACUCUAGAUGUUGAUAUUUCUGUGGACCAAUCAGCUCCUAAAGAACAACCACAUGAGCAAGAAACAGAUAAAAUAGAAGACAAUAAGCCAGAAAUUCAAAUCAGCUCAAACAAAUCAGGUAAAAAGAAAGAGCACCACCUUCCUCGUCGGGCUUCAAAACGAUUAGCUGCUAUUGAGCAUGAGUCAAUGAACUCCAAAGUGGAAUUGCAGCAAAGUGAGUGUGGGCCAGUGACAAUGGUUGCUGAUCAAGCCCCAAUAAAUGGCAAGUCAGCAAAUAAAAGGAAAAAGUCAGCACCUCGUCUGAAGAAAAGUGGAAAAGAAGAGAUGAAUGAUGAGAAAACAGAACCUCAGCUGUCCUUUGCAUAUCACUAUUCAUGGUCCGACCCAAGCUUGGAAUAUGCAAUCAAUGCCCUCACUGGUGUGUUACCACCAGCUGAUAAUAUACCCAGUACUGUUGCCGAAACUGAUAUUCAAAAACCUUUGUUUGACAAUGUUACUGGAAGAAGUGCCACUGCAAUCCCUGGAACUGAUGUUCAAAACACUUCAGUUGGUAAUGUUUUAAGGGACACCACUGCAGCCCCUGAAACUGAUAUUCAAAAAGCUUCAGUUGACAAUGGUAUGGGAAGGAGCACCACUGAAGUCCCUGAAACUGAUAUUCGAAAAGCUUCAGUUGACAAUGGUACGGAAAGGAGCACCACUGCAGUUCCUGAUACUGAUAUUCAAAAAGCUUCAAUUGACAAUGGUACGGGAAGUGGCACCACUGCAGUCCCUGAUACUGAUAUUCAAAAAGCCUCAGUUGACAAUGGUACGGCAAUUAGCACCACUGCAGUCCCUGAUACUGAUAUUCAAAAAGCUUCAGUUGACAAUGGUACGGGAAGGAGCCCCACUGCAGUUCCUGAACCUGAUAUUCAAAGCACUAUGGCCAGAAGUGCCACUACAAUUCCUGACUCUCAUCUUCAAAAAACUUUGAUUGACAGUGUUAAGGGAAGUAGCUCCACUACAAUCCCUGAAAAUGAUCAAAAGACGGUGAUUGAAAUGGAAUCGGCAAGAAGCACCUCUACAGGACCUGAAACUGAUAUUCAAAAGUCUUUGAUUGACAGUGUUACAGGAAGCAGGUAUAGAAAAUCCCAGGUACGUUCUAAUAAACCCAAGAGAACGAAAGAGCUCAAAAUACCUGUGCGAUUAUCAAAGCGACUUGCUGGCAUGGAACCCGAGUUACCGCCUGCUGAAAGAGCUCUUGAAUAUUCCACUAGAAAAUCAUGCAGAGAAGAACCAACUGCCACUGAUACUCUAACUAAUGGAGUGUCUGAUCAUCACAACGCUGGGGAAGAAACCAAGCCUACUCUUCUUCAAGCUUCUGACAGUUUGAAAACAGAAGUACUUGGAGAAUCAUUAAAACGGAGUGAGAACUCAUAUGAUGCCCAAACCGAUCACAAGGAACAAUUGAAGAAAGUUGAAGCUGAAAAUGUUGGUGAUGUCAGAUCAGAGCCAAAGCUCCCCUUACCGUUUGAGGACUCUUGGUCAGAUCCAUGCCUAGAAUUUGCCAUCAAGACACUCACCGGUGCUUUUCCACUUGAUGCUGGUGGAGACAUAAUGCCUGCUUUGCCUCCUGGCUUUGAUAAUCCGCCAUAUAAGCAAGUGCAUCGAAGUGUGGUGACAGACAUUAAUCAAGAAGCUCAUGAUAACUCGAACCAACCCUCGCACAAUAAGGAGCUUAAUAUGGUUAUUCAACCUGAGUUGAGGACCGGCUCCAUCUCUUAUGAAAAUGCUCCUAACUUAACAACUAGGGAAUCUUAUCUUGAUCAAGACAACAUACUUAAGAAUUUGGAUGGGGAACCCAGUCUCACUGGAAACAUAACACAACCUUUGCAUCAUUCUUGGAAUAUAAACACACUAGCACAUGAAGAGCCAUUAAAGCAAAAUGGACAGCCUGUCGAAGGUGGAAUUGUUACAACGGAGCAACAAUUAAUUGAAACUGGAGCUGUAAACCAUGACAAUUCCGAGUUACAGUAUUGUGCUCCGUUUAUGAAUUCUUGGUCAGACCCAUGCUUAGAAUUUGCAUUUAAGACUCUUACAGGCGUGCUACCAGUAGAGGAAAAUUUAACACUCCAAGGAUGUUUCCCGGAACCUGCUAACUAUCAUGAACGGAGGGAUGGUGUCUCAUUGUUGCCAGAUUUCAGAUCAUCUAGCUUUUCACAAAGCGAUUUCUCGUUUUUCCAUGAUACAGGGGUUAAGUCCAUGCCAGGGCAGCAGUCAUCAGUAAGCUCUUCAUUCCUACCCUUGGAGAAAACAAGUCUUCAAGGUUUCGCGGGAGUUGAUCCUCAAACACACUUUUCUCAGUGCAACAAUAAUUUUCAAAGAAGGUAAGCUAGUUAGAUGUUUGUUGCUACCUCCAGGAUAACUACUGUUGGUAUUUAGUUAUACUUUUGUAGACUGCAAAAUGUUCGACAUUAAGUAUCCUUUUAUUUUCCCCGUCACAUUUGUAAAUACAUUGUGAACAUAAGGUCUCGGUUAGUGUUUUUUGCCUUGGUUGUUGAGAAGAUCUGGGUGAGCAAAGUAAGGAGGUACACAAGUCCAACUGUUGCUGUCUCACUAUCUAAUUGCUGUACUCUGUAUGUGAAGUUAUUAAUUGGUUUAAUUAGUAGUAUUUCUUAUUUUCUUUCGCCAUCAGAAAAUGCUAUAAAAGGCAUAUGCUAACAAUUUCGUGUUUAA